UCUUCAAGAUUUCUGGUUUCAUUUAUUUGUUUGUUUUCUCUCACACAGGUGGCUGGCUUUACGUUUGGAGUUUGUUGGCAACUGUGUGGUGUUUUUUGCAGCACUAUUUGCUGUUAUUGGUCGUGAGUCUUUAAAUCCAGGCAUUGUGGGAUUGUCCAUUACAUAUGCUUUGCAGAUCACACAAUCAUUGAACUAUAUGGUGAGGAUGACCAGUGAGUUGGAAACCAAUAUUGUGGCAGUGGAACGAGUGAAAGAAUAUUCAGAAGAGGAACGAGAGGCUGCUCCCAUCAUCCACAAUAAUCGUCCAGACCAGGAUUGGCCAGAGAAAGGUGAAGUAAUGUUUGUAGACUACAGUUUGCGGUAUCGUAAUGGGUUGGAUCUGGUGAUAAAGAAUAUAAGUGUAACUAUCCAACCAGGUGAAAGG